AUGGAAAAUAAUCAAAUUAUGUUCAUGAGCCAAGACGAUUAAGACUAUUUUUUUAGUGAUGAAGAUGAUUAAAUAUCACAAAUAAUUGAGUAAGAUUCAACAGGCAGAUUUUGUAAGGUAAAAAGAUCAAAUUUAAUUUUAGUAUAAUGAAGAAAUUGGUAAAGGAGCAUAUAAAAGUGUAUUCAGAGGAUAUGAUAAUCAGAGUGGUUGUGAAGUAGCUUGGAAUGUAUUUUAAUUGAAUAGUGUUCCAGAAAGUAACAAUUUUAAUUAGAUAAUAAUUAGAUGAAAGAAGAAGAGUUAGAUAGGAGAUAUCAAUUCUAAGUAGUCUUAAACAUAACAAUAUUAUUAACUUUAUACAUUCAUGGCAUAAUAAAUCAAAAAAAGAAAUUGUUUUCAUAACUGAAAUCAUUAAUGGAGGCUCGUUGAAAAAGUAACAAAUUUUCUAUGUUUAGUUAUUUACGUAGGAUUACUAGGCCAAAGUUAAAGGUGAUAAAAAAUUGGUGUAGAUAGAUACUCCUUGGUUUGGAAUAUUUACACAAAUAAAAUAUCAUACAUAGAGAUUUGAAAUGUGAAAACCUUCUUAUAGACACAAAUAAUAAUGAAUUAAAGAUAGGUGAUUUAGGUCUCUCAAUUUAGUAAUAUAUAAAUAAUAAAUUUAGAUUGUAAUAAUCUUUCACAACUUCUGUUUUGGGCACUCCAGAAUUUAUGGCACCUGAAAUAUAUUAAGAGCAUUAUGAUACAAAAGUGGAUAUCUAUGCUUUUGGAAUGUGUCUAUUAGAGAUGGUUACAGGAGUGAAACCAUUUUGUGAGUGCAAAGGUGGAACAGGCUAAGUGAUCAAGAAAGUAAUUGAAUAGUAGAAACCUCAGUCAAUUGAUGCUAUUCUGAAUGAUAAAAUAAAAGCAAUAAUCUUAGAGUAAAUUGAUUUUUUUUGCAAACCAGAUGCCUAAAACCUCCAGAAGAACGACCUUCUGCAACUUAAUUGUUAUCCACUCACUUUAAUGUUCAAGUUACCGAUAAUGACAAUUUCCCUGUUCCAAUUAAUGACCAAUUUCUAAUGUAAUUAAAGGAUGAUAGUAAAAGUAAUUUAAAUAAAAUUAUAUUAUAAAUAUAGAUUCAUCCAUAUUGAAAUGUAAUUUAUCAAAUAAAAUUAUGUUAACUACUGGUAGUAGUAAAUUUGAAACUAAUUCAGAAAUUAGUAUUCAAAAACAAUCAUAACUUUUAGGAUUAAGAAAGAAAAAUUUAAUAAUUUAAACUGAAGAUGAAACUGAACAAAUAUUUAAUAAAUGUUACAAAGAUUAUAUUGUAAGUUACUUAUAUAUAUUUAUAUAUAUAGCGUUAUAGAAAUGAUGAAUCUUUGAAUGAUCUAGAAUAGAGAUAAGAAAAAGAAUUGUAAUUGUUGAAAUAAUUUCAUUUGCAACAAAAACAAGAAUAUUUGAAAAAGACUUCUAAUAAUGUGAACGUUAAGACAUCAACUUAACCAUUUUAAAGUUCUGGUUUUUUGUCUCCUGGAUCUUAUUAAAAUUUCUUUGAUUUUCAAUAAGAUUCAAUAUAUCCAAAAUAAAUAAUUGAAAGCCCAUGUUUAGAUAAAAAUAGUAAUAAUAGACUGUUGAAGUUGGGAAUGGUAAAUAUAUAUUUCACUAUUAAUUUAGAUAACAGAUAACAGUUCUGGAGUUCAAUAGCAAUUAAGUCAAUGUUAAUAAGUUGGUAUUUAGAAUCAAAUUAUUGUAGAUAAAUAAUUAGAAGUCAAUAAUUGAC